AUGUCAGAUGCCUUCAAGCACGCUCAAGAGAGGAGGUGCGAAAGUUGGCUCACAGACGAAGAUCUCUGUGACGCCAUGGCAGUAGUAGGCCCUGAAGGGCACCGUGUGCCAUUCCUUCGGACGCCGUUGGCCAGCCUCUCCCAGCCACUGAAGGCUGCAUUGUAUGGUGAAUUUCAGGAAGGCCAGACUCGUGAACUGAUCUUGCCACAUGUCUCCGUUGAUGCCUUCGACGUCAUGAUCAGAAGUGCCUAUCACAUGGAGCCCAAGCUGACUCCUCACAGGGCCCUACAUGCACUUGCAGCUGCGAAAUUGUACAUGAUCGAUGGCUUGGAGAAGUAUUGCUAUCACUAUCUUUUACAUAUCACAGAUGUCGACGGAAUCACAAGUUUGAUACUACUGUCCGAAUCUUUGAAAUCCUCCUUGGCUCUGCCGGCAGAAUUGCAGCGCACGUUUUGCAAGAAGGUUUUAGCUCACUGUCAACAGGUUGUGGAGUCGCCUUUCUUUCUUGAAACGCACGGUUCUAUCAUUGCCACUUUGAUCAAGUCAGACAAUUUCGAUGUCAGUGAAGAUCAACUUUGGGACCGGUUGAUGAAAUGGUCUGCGGCAGCUGUCCGGAAACCAGGGCUGCUUGGGCCGUUUGCAGAUGCGACAUCAUGUCCCCCACUGAAGCGUGCCAAGUCCAGCACUGGGGAGUCCAAUAGCAUGAAUCCACACCAAGUGACAUGCCAAGAGGAAGUGCUCCGUUUGAUGUUGCCGCACAUCCGCUUUACACAAAUGUCCCAAGAGUUCUUCAUUGACAAAGCCAGAAAGUAUCUGGACCGUGAAAAAAGUGAGGCUGUCAUGGAUUUUUUCGUGUUGCGUCGCAACCCGGAGGGGUUGGUUCUCAAACCAAGGUUUGCUUUGUUGUCUUUGCAGAACGGUGGAGCGUCGAGGCUUGUGACCAGCUCGUUGGAGACAAGAUUUACAGGUACACAAAAUCGCACAGUUCACUUGGGAGAGCUUGCACAGGUCACCCGGGUGAGAGUGUCGAUCUCAAACAUUGUCGGCAAAGCAGUGACAUGGUCUGUGUCUUUGGCAGGCAGGAGGUCGGAAGAAGUGGUUGUUGAGAAAGAUGCGAACAUUGAUUUUAGCCUUAGCAGACUCGAUAUUCGAUUUGAAAAUGCGUGCAAGGAAUUGGUGGUUGAGUUUGAUGCAGUCUCUGUCACCGUGCGCUAUAUCAUGGUCGAAGGCAGAAAAAUGACUCCAGAGCUAGAACUUGCCGAUCAGGUAGUAGACCAAUUGUGCAAAGAUUUUUUUCCAGCCCCAGAACGCGACGUCCAUGACACAAGUCAGUGA